AUGCUUCCACCAGAAAUUCGUUGUUUCAUUCUUCGGUUGGAUCGUAGGUAAACCAGUUAAAGCAGAAUUCAUCAUCUUGAGAAACUCUUAAAAUGAAAAAGAGUUCGGUCCUUCCUCCUAGAUAUCCUUCUCCAGAAGCAACUACCACACCUGCAGAGAAACCAACUUUAUCUCUAGAGUUACCCAAACCAACCACAACUCCGCUUCCGACUCUUCGACUUGUUAUUCUGGGUCUUGCUGUGCUAGCCGAUGCAUUUUCAGUAACUAUUGUUUAUCCUUUUGCGCCAUUCUUGGUAAGAGACCUCAUGAACAUACCAGAUUGGCGUCAAAAUGAAGUAGGCUACUAUUCAGGUUUGAUUGCUUCUUGCUUUACAUUGGGGUCCAUGUUUGGAAGUCCAUUAUGGGGAGCUUUGAGUGAUCAAAUAGGAAGGAGACCUGUUAUACUUGUUGGUCUACUUGGCGAUUUUAUUUUUAUUAAUCUCUUUGGAACGGCAAAAAAUAUAGCGACUUCUUUGAUAUUUCGUUUCUUACACGGCCUCUCUAGUGGAAAUAUUGCUGUGGCAAAAACUUAUCUAGCUGAUGUGACGGACUCUACAAAUGAAUCCGCUGCUUUCGGUUUGAUUGGGUUGACCUUUGGAGUUGGUGUUGUUAUAGGACCUGUUAUAGGUGGAUUCUUAUCACGACCAGCAGUACAUUUUCCUCAAUAUGUUUCUUCUGGUUCGCUUCUUGACAGAUAUCCUUAUUUAUUACCUUGCUUAGUGGUUUCUAUCUAUAUCUUUAUUGAUUUAAUUUUUGCAUUCUUCUUUCUCGAUGAAAGUAAGCCCAGAUAUGACUUCAGUACGAGAGAGCAAAAUUUAUCUUAUGCGUAUGGAAUUACGGACAAUGCUUCUGCACAAGAGUCCGGAGUAUGGAUCGACUCGUCAGCUGGAGUUGAAACGGUAUCUGUGGCACCUUCAGAUGUUUUAUCUGUAAGGGAACAGGAGAAGAAUUUUUUGGAUAGAAACCUACUGGAAAGUUUUGAAAGACAAGUUGGAAUUACACCUCGAAUGAGUCAAAGUCUAUUCUCCUCUAUACCAAUGUCGUUGAAUGAAUUUUCUCCGACAAAUCGUUCCUUGCGAAGCCCUUUGCUUGGUUCGGAGAGGUCCCGUGAUUUUACAGGUCUAGCAACGCCUUCAACUCGAUCCAUUCGUAGUAGAAGAGGUAGGGAACGAAGGGAACAUGAGUGGGAUGAUCGUCUUUCUUGGAGUAAUCGUGAAAGUUAUACGGAACAGAUCGGUCCUUUACUGACAGAGACUAUAUUAGAACCGGAAGACGAUGAGAUAGACAAGAGGAGCAAGGCAUUAUCAUCUUCGCAACGAAGUCUUUCUAUAAGCACUAGUAUUCCUGAAGAUGGAAGAGAAGAAGAUAAUAACAACAAUGACGAAACUGAAUAUAAGGGUUCUCAAGUAAGAGACGUAAUGGAGGAAGAUGAUUGGUUUUACUCUGAUGAGUAUCCAAAGAAUCGUGGGAUUUCGAGCGCGGAAAGAAGAGGUAGUGAGAGCUCAAGUUUUGUGACAUAUGGUUUAAGUGGAAGUUUGGGUGCUACUGCUACAAAUUUGCUUUCUCCUGCCCUACGUUCUAGAGCUCCUUCGAAAGCUAUUGAAAGGUUAAGAAUAGAUGAAGAAGAUGCGGCUAGUACAGUUAUAGAGAAUAAUAUAGAAGAGACUCCUUUAUUUUCUCCUGAUGAAGAAGGAACAAUACUUCCGGAACCAACUGGUGCUAUCAUUGAGAAUCGAACUUUUCGUCAAGUAUUAAUAGUGGCUGUGCUUAUCUCAUUUACCUUGAUGGCUGGAGAUGAAGUGAUUCCCAUUUGGGCUUCCACGCAACCCAGUUUUGGAGGACUUGGAUUUUCCUCAACAGAUAUUGGACUUGUCCAGGCUAUAAGUGGUAUGACAACUAUUCUCGUUGCAUUGUAUAUCUUUCCUUUUAUUGCUAGAAGACUUGGUGUUGUAAAGACCAUUCGGUUAGGUCUAUUUGUCGGGAGUUUAGAUUAUUUGUUACCAGCUAUCAUUACUUCAUUUGGAUGGAGUAGAAAGAAUAUAGCAUCUUGGUUGGGUUAUGCAUCGUUUGAUAUUUUUCUGGCUUUUUUUGAACAGUGUUGUUGGGCCGGUAUUGCAUUGAUUGUGAAGAAUUCUGUACAUCCUUCCUCUGUUGGAAUAGCUUUAGGCCUUGCUCAAGGUUUGCAAAGUGCUGGCUUUGCGGCGGGACCAGUAAUUGGGGGUUCGCUUUUUGCUUCUGCUAUUUCUCUGAAUUUGCCUUUUCCUUUCACUUAUGGACGGUCGUUUUUUUAUUUAGAAAGUGGUUUGUUAUUGAUGAUUUAUAUAAUUGCAGGUGGCUUACCUCCUUGGCCAUGGAAAAUAGAACAAAGCAAGUGGUAGAUUUUCAUACAAUACGUACAUGUAAUAACAAGUAUUUUUUUAUGUUUACCAAUGAAAUAAAGUUUUCAAACACACG